CCAUCGCCGAAGGAUAUGGGUCUGGAGACUGGAGCAGAGCGUGGGUAGGUUGAUGGCCGACGGGGCAUUCGCUAUGUCUCUCAGCUUCUCGGCUGCGAUUCGGUUUUGACCGAGAUGCGCCGUAGGUAGUGCUCUGAUUACCUGCGGCCCUGUCAAUCUUUUCUUCAGAGACCUCCCACAGUCCCUAGACGUGAUAAGGAUGAACGAGUAGUUUCUGUCUGCCUGACAGUUUCGAUAUAGUUCUCAGGCUAAUCGCCAGUUAGCGUAGGCGGUGAUGGAAUUGGGAUGGCUUGCUGGUGGCCCGAGGGCGAUCCGCGUGGUUAAGUUGUGCUGCUUUUCUUCCCCGCUCUGCCAAAGACUCGCUCUCUCAUUGGCCUGCCACUGCCGGGAUCGGAUCGUCUUUGAGGGGGACAUUUUAAUUGUUCUUACUCUUUUGUCAAUUCAAUUCAUUUUAUUCUUGAUUUUUUUUUAUUUCUCCCCCUCAUGGCUUUCCAUCAGCCUUGAUCGUCGCAUUGAUACCUUUGUUGGAAUAACUCCUCUUCAUGCUCGACAGGUACACCUCCUGACCCUUAUGUCAUACGCGACAGGGGGGCAGCUCACCUACUCUCUAGAAUUGAGUUCGGAAAUGCUUGCCUCUUCAGCGGACAGUCCGGGGGGAGGGGGGUAGAACAACAGCAUCAACAACCAUAACAUCACCUCUUCAAAGGAUGCCGUAAUCCCUGGCUUCUUCCUUUCACUGCUCUCA